AUGUUGUUAAAUUCCCGUCUCUUUUCCACUGCGAACUUUAAAUUUAUAAUCAAUCGAACAUCAUCAAACAUUAGUCCAAUCAAUAAAUGGAUUUCGCCGAUUUCAUAUUUUAAUUAUCUCGGAUCAAACUCUUAUUCAACGUCGUUGAAAAUUGAACCAGCACCACCAGGAAUUCAUUAUAUAACUCAUGCCGAUUUAACAUCUCAACAAAUUUACAAUUUAUUAACAUCAGCAAUUCAGCAUAAGUAUAAUGUGAAGUAUCUGAAUAAAAAAUCGGAUCAACCUUUGAGUGGCAAGACUUUGGCAAUAAUGUUUUCAAAAAGAUCUACAAGAACAAGAGUUGCUACCGAAACUGCGAUAGCUUAUCUUGGUGGUCAGCCAAUGUUCUUAGGAUCUCAAGAUAUUCAACUAGGUGUAAAUGAAUCAUUACUGGAUACUAGCAAGGUUGUGUCAAGCAUGGUAAACGGAAUAAUGGCGCGUGUUGGUUCCCACUCUGAUAUUGAGACAUUAGCAAAAUAUUCUACUGUUCCUGUGAUAAACGCAUUAUCAGACAAGUAUCAUCCAACACAAAUUCUUGCGGAUCUAAUGACAAUGCAUGAAGUAUUUGGACCUCAACCCAAAGAUGAGUCAUCGUAUGUUGCACAUUUGACACAUCCUAAAAAAACACUUCCAGGAUUGAAAGUUGCAUGGAUCGGAGAUGCUACACCUAAGGGAUACAAUCCAGCAGAGGAAGUUGUAAAAAUCGCACAAGAUGAGGCAGUUAAAACUAAUACUAAAAUUAGUUUUACGCAUGAUCCUAAGGAGGCUAUAAAGGAUGCUGAUGCCAUUGUUACUGAUACUUGGGUUAGUAUGGGCCAAGAAUCUGAAAAAGCGAAACGUCUUAAAGACUUUGCAGGAUAUCAAGUAACGUCAUCAUUAGCAAAAGAUGGUGGUGCUAAAUCUCAUUGGAAAUUUUUACACUGUCUUCCAAGAAAGCAGGAAGAAGUUACAGAUGAGGUUUUCUAUUCACCAAGAUCCGUUGUAUUUCAGGAAGCUGAAAAUCGUAAAUGGACAAUUCUCGCUGUGUUAGAUGCUUUACUU